AUGAGCACGGGAGCUAUUGUUUCUGUUAAAAUCAUCGAUAUUGAUGAGAGCGAUACAUUGAACCCGCGAAAUGCCGACGCGUACGGCGAAUUCCUCAAAGAGGUCAAUGCCUUGAAGAUACUGAGCGAAAAUAAUGCCCGCAAUAUUAAUCACGUUAUUGAAGCACUGCCUGUUGGCCCGGCUAUGUGGAUGGUGACCGAAUUCUGCGCAGGUGGUAGCAUUGCAACCCUCAUGAAACCAACUGCCCCUGGUGGACUACAAGAAAAAUGGAUCAUCCCAGUUGUUAGGGGCGUAGCGGAGGCUAUUCGAUGGGUUCAUGAGGCCGACAUUAUACAUAGAGAUAUCAAAUGUGCAAACGUACUCAUCACCGAGCAGGGAGGUGUGCAGCUUUGCGAUUUUGGUGUUGCUGGAGUUAUGGAGCAGAAGUUCGACAAACGAACAACAGUCAUUGGUACACCUCAUUGGAUGGCCCCCGAGUUGUUUGGCUCUAAUGUCAGCUACGGCAAGGAAAUUGAUAUUUGGGCUUUCGGGUCUAUGGUUUAUGAGGUUGCCACGGGUUUACCACCAAAUGUUGGCAAGGUCAAUACCUUUUCGGUUCUCCAGGCGCGCCAUGCAGUCUCCACUCCUCGACUAGAAGGAGGCAAUUAUUCGGACGGCCUCCGAGACUUAGUUGCUUUCUGCUUGGAGGAAGCGCCAAGUGCUCGGCCCACCAUCGAGCAGAUCCAGAGACACCCAUACAUUCACAAUACAGGGUUAAAAUACCCAACGUCAAGUCUGGCUCAACUGGUUCGCGCAUUUAUGGUCUGGGAACAGCAUGGUGGAAGUCGGAAAUCUUUAUUCAUGCCUGGCGGAGCCCAAGGACUUGGGGAUGUAGAUUCUGGGGCGACAGUCGAUAGCGGAGACUGGAAUUUUUCUACCACCCCAUCCUUUGGUCAAGAAGUCUUCGAUAAUGCAACUGCCCAGGAUAUGUUUGAUGCUUACGGCGCUAGCGUAAUGCCCUCUAAUGAGGAACCACCGCGUGCUAAGGCCGGGAGGAGGCGCCCUCCACCGCAAGCUCUUGCGGCUCCGUUGAAUCCUUUGUUGAAAGUCUUCGAUCCUAAUACCAAAUCUAACUACCACGAUAAUAGUAAAGUCCAUUACGGACAGAUGAUGUCUCCACCGACCUCUGACUUGCCUCUGCGCGAUGACUCCGCAAGGACGGCCAUCAAAGACACGAUGAUCGACCUUGACGGUCAUGAUUCCGAUCCAGGCCUUUCAAGCUUCCGGGAGGACACAAUCAAGCCCGCAGGACGGCGUAUGGAUGACGAAGAUGAAUUUUCAACAAUGCAUGCCUUCAGCAGACCCGCACUCAGCGAUCCGGCUGAUGCCAAUCCCAAUCGCCGCACUCAAGACUGGACCUUCCCAUCGGCAAGUGCAAUGGCACCACCUGCUUCGGCAGAUCCCGAAGUAUCCAGAUUUCCUUCGAGUUAUAGUGUCUCACGACCAGCGAUUACACCUGGCUCUGGUGCUCGACCGACUUUGAUUCAUCAUCCAACUGAACCUCUAGGGGCUUCAUUCAGCGGCCCUGGCAUUUUAGGUUCGACACAGCCUGCCUUAGAGCGAAGAUCUAUGGCAGAGUCACUCAUCGAUCUUGAUAUGAGUAUGCCUGAUAGCUAUCCCGAGAUUACACGCCCAUCAACUGCAAAUUCUGAUGUUUCCACGUCGAGCGAGCAGAUGACAUCCGGAAACCCCUUUGAGUUUGAGCGUCAUGCCUCAUACCAAGCACCGAUUGACCAAGCGGAGCCAUCUAUCUACAUUGACGACACGACUCUUCCUGCUGCCAUUAAUUUGCAGACUCAAUCCAGCGAUAUCGCAGACGUCUCCGAUUUCUCCGUCUCUGAUGUUGAACAUGAUCCCCGGGACGGUCCCAACGAUAUACCACACUACGAAGUCUCCAACAACUUUUUAGAUCCAGACUAUACGUCCAUGCCACCUCCCCCACGACCGAAUAACAUAUCGAAUUCUUUUUUAGGCAGCCGCCUCGAGCAGCCCUACACCGUAUCCCACUUUCCUGAACUUCCCGAACCACCAUCUGCUGCUGCUCUGACGGGCACAGCUUCGCCUACAGAAAUGGCGGCUGAGUUCCAACGCAUCUUGGACAGUCUCAUCAAGCAGCUAGGUGCUUUCGGCGACGUCUACGUCACGGAUGAGUUUUCCCCAAAACCGAAGAUGCAGCAGUUGGAAGGGAAUGGAUUGUAA